CGCACACUCGCACACUCCCGCCGGGCUGUCAGAGAGCCGCACCGCCGCACCGCGCUGCUCCGUCUCCGCGUCCUUUACGCACCGCGUCGCCUUCUGCUCCGCGCGUCCAGCUGUGCGCACAUCUGAGCUCCAACCAACCGAGGCUGAACUCUUUUGGAGAGCGGGAACACACACACGCACACACACGGGAUUAUGGCUUCUAAAGCGAUGGAGUGCCUGAAGCUGUCGGAGGAGCAGGUCAAAGUGCUGGAGGAGAAUUUUAACAAAGUCACCAAGCAUCCGGACGAGACGACGCUCAUGUUGAUCGCAGCGGAGUGCGGACUGUCAGAGGAGGAAACACAAAAAUGGUUCAAGCUACGUAACGCAGUGUGGAGGCAGGCGGAGGGUCUUCCGGCUGAAACGGGAAUGGUGUGGGACUAAAGUUUCCUGUCCGCCUUCUGGAUCCCUGAAGCUCCUUGAUGACCAUUUUUUGCCUCCUGGAUGAACUGAUUCCUGACACCUCCCUCUCCGGCUGUCCAUCUCUGUUUUUGUAUCUAUGAAGCUAUUUUAUCUUGCAGAAUGUGAAGUUGUGUGUGUGCGCUAUUGCCUGUAUAAUCGCCAUGUUUACGGAAAUAAACAUAUUGUUAUUAUAAGUUAAA